AUGCUGCUGGCAGAGGAGGGAGGAGGGAGGAAGCCGGAGGGGGAGAGGAGGCGGCACGUCAGUGACCAAACGCCGGUGAGGCCGGGGAAGGACUGGGGAGGGGGGAAGAUGCUGGACGACACGGACCGUAAGCUGUUGAAGUCUCUGCUAAAUGAGGGGUGGCGUCAGGAGGGCAGUGAGGCGGCAAGGGGAGAGAACAAAGAUGGCGGGGAGACACCGCGAGUCAAGUCCCCGUUGAAGGAGACCAGAGCGAGAGGCGGGAAGAGCAAGCGGGCGGACGAGAGACCUAGAAGGCAGGACAGCCGGUUCGACAGGUCCAUGCGUGUCUUGGAGUGGCUGGACGCGGAUUGUGGCACCAGACUGGCGCGGCACUACGAACAGGCAGGCGGUUGGCGACAGCACGGGAAUAUUUACCUGCCGCAGAGCCCGAAACAGCCGCCGCAGCCGGAAAGCCAGAAACAGCAGCUGCAACCGCAGCCACGACAGCCGCUGCGGUUGACGAGAAGCAAUAUCAUCAUCGACACGGGGCUAUGGCGAGGGUACGUGAAGGACUCAGAAGAGGACAGCAGUAGUUUUGAAGAGAAGAAAGUCCUCGAGGAAAGCGAGGACGAUUUCGUCAACGACGAACCAGACGACGACGAUCUGGUCCUGACGUUGAGAAAAUGGCAGGAGGAACAACUCUUGGCGGAGCAUUAUGAGGACCUCUCUAUGCAGGAUUACGUCACCAGCAGCGAAGACGAUGAGAACGACGACGACGACAGCGAUAGCGAAGACGAGCUCGUCCUAGCCUUGAAACACUGGCAGGAUGAACAAAAACGGCAACAGCAGCUACAACUACAGCAGCAUCGGCAGUCGACGCUGUCUCAAAUAGCGCCGGCGCUGACCCCUGUCCAAGAAGAGAAGGCCGCGUCUCCGUCGAGCGAGGCGUUCAAGUAUUUCUACCAGGACCCGCACCAUUUAAUAUGCCACUUCAACCGACAACGUCACAAAAAUCAUCAACAGAUUUCAUCUCCCUCUUUUUGGGGGGACAUCGGCAGCGUCAGAGAAGGGCCGUCGUCGCCUCCGGUCAACGCGCGGAACUUAGAGGCGGCAAAAACAUCCAACUCGCCUCAACGCCCCGGCUCCAAAAACUCCUCCCGGCCGCAGGCGACGCGCGGUCCAGGAAACGAGGUCACGUCAAAACCAGGUCAGGCCAGCCUCGGUCCGAGCUUACUAGUGCCGACGUCAUUGUUAUCAUCCAUCUCGCCAGCGCCUUCGUUAACGCCCGUGUCACCUCUCGCCUCGUCAUCGCUUUCAUUAUCACCGUCAUCGCGGGAAGUCAGAACACCCUUCUCGACCUCACCCGAACUACAAGACAACAAAGACGCUUCAGACGGUUCUUUUUUAAAGUCUGGCUUCGGUGCUUAUUCCUCUGGUGCUAGUGGUAAACUUUCUUGUGAUGACGCCGGAACUAAAAACAGCGGCGGGGUUUCGCCCCGCUCCCCACUCAUUAGUAAAACAUCAGGGGGAGGGAGUUUUCUCUCCGGAUGGCUGGGGUCAGCCUCGGGGGACGGGCCGACCUCCCCGCUAAUCAGCAGCUCGGGUGAGGCCAGUUCUCUAAAGGUCGUGUCCAACGACGGCGACCACCGGGCGGUCUGCCCCACAUCCUCCACGGCCUCCCAGGACUCGGGGAUAGAAAAAAGUCCCGGCUACCUCUCGCCGGCGCCUCGGUCCGCCGGGAUCGAAAAAAUCGGGAAAUUUUUUAGACAGUUCCAGAAUAAACUUUCCCCGACCGUCGUGUCGUCGGCGGCGUCGUCGAUCAAAACCCCGCCUCCGACGCCGACUACUCCCAACCGACAACAUUUUUAUCCGCAACAUUUAAAAGUCGGAGUCUGCACGACAGGGAAGUUAUCCCACUCCACAUCGUCUAUUCCCUCCCCUUCGCCGACCUAUCUCAAACCGCAGUCUCCGUCUCCCAUCGCCGGGUUCGCCGCCCAGCACGCUAUCUGCUCGGCCACCAAGUCCGAUCCUCUAGCCUCCGGCACGGUACCGAAACGUCACUUAGGCACCUGGUGGGGCGGGCAGCAACAGACCGCGGGUACGGCUAACCAACACGGCCGCGCCCUUCAAACAAACUCCACGGCCAGCGCCGACUCCACUGCCCACAACAACGCGGGGACGGUCGGGACCAACGAUAGCGCCGCGCCCGCCCCAGCCUGCGCGGCGAGUCUCCCCCACUCGCAGGGCGAUCGAAAAGUUGCACACACCAUCGAUACCUCCCUCGCUGUCGUCUGCGUAGGGGACCGCCAGAGAAGUCCCGGUGGCCCCAACAGCGGUGCAGGUAAAGUGUUGGUCGGCGGGAAAGAUGCGCAGCCGUUUAUCGUGCCGCAGACGUACCAGUACCUUCACCAACAUCAGUUUCUGACUCCGAAAAAAUCCGGGGAGAUCAAUAAAAAAAAUCCCGGAACAGAAGCUAAUGAUGGCGGGGAGGCUCGAGAGAGUGGGAGCCAAUCAGCGAGCAGGGCCUGUGUGAAAGAUACAGCCGAGACGGUGAAGAGGUGUAACGAGGCCCUAGAUGGAUCGGGCCCGGGUAAUGAGGCCGUGAGCGCUGCAGGAAACGGAGGGUUCUCUGUCUUCACGCGGGGCGUCACGCAGAUCCUUCGGAAAUCGCCGGUGUCGGAAAUCGAGCAGAAGAUACACUCGGACAGCGGGGAGAGGGACCCCCACGGCAAAUCGCGGACGGGCGCCGCUGCUGGUGGUGUGUCCGGUGACGGGGUGGCCGGGGGCGCCGUCUGUGAUGCCGGCGGCGCACCGGUGAGGUCGAUGACUGACAACAAGAAGAAGGGCGCCGCUGGCAGAGAGACGGUCAUCACCUCCAGGUGCUCGGAGCGGUCCUCGUCUACAAGCAGCGACGAGAAGGGGGCGUUGACCGUGCCCAGCAACGAGCCGGACCGAGGCCGGCGAGGAUCCUACGGCACGUGCAACCAUCUAUUCCUGGAGCAGGCUUCAGGCAGGAAGUCGCCUUUACCGCAGAAAGUUCGGAAAUCGCCGUCGCCGGUGCGGCGAUCUUUAUUCAAAUCGGUUGUGAACUCAUCCAAUUCUUCAUCCUCAUCCUCGGCGGAUUCACCGUCGAAACAACACGCCAAAGCCGGGAGGGUGUUGUCGUCGUCGUCGCCUUCAUCGCCGCCGCCUCACCUCCAGCAGGCUGAUAAAUCCUCGCCUCAAAAAACGUCGCCCAAACACCUCACCAGCCCCCAGCACGCCGGCGGCUUGGAUUCGCCCACCAGAAAAACAAUCGCCUCCGACGGUCCCCCGGCAAAUUACCGCGGACGUCGGAAGUUUUCCGACACCGGUCUGACCCCGGUCCCGAGACGACUUUUCAGCGACGGACGACGCGGGUCAUUAACCGACGAACGGACGCUCGUGUCGGCCAAAUCGAAACUCGGCAAACUUCGUUUUCAGGGCCGGAAGUCUUCGGACGCGAGCAGCGUCGCCGCUCUCGUCAAGCAAAUUCAUAAUUUGUGGGGGGACGGGGAGGACGAGGAGGAGACAAGUGAAAGUGUUAUCGAGCGGCGGGAUUCCGCUUCUGGGCUACAUUGUAGCUUGGACGACCAGGCACUCUUCGAUAAAAGGAGGAAGAAAUUCCCUUUUACCAUCAACAAGGAUAAAGACCCGGUCAGCGCGGAGGGAAAAAAUAAAAUUAACUCUCCGGCCACCACCGCUGGCGAUAACAGCCCUGUCAUUGGCUGUAGCGGCGCCUGGGAGGUGAAAGGCAGAGCUAAAAAUAGCGAUAAAGACAGCGCACCGCCGGUAAACCUGCCCUCGCCCAACGUCUCGGCGCAGAACGCUUCGUCGGUGCUUUCGGGAGAGGUAGGCUGUCAGACGCCGGAUCGAAUUUUACACUGUGGAUUAGCGGAAAGUGUCGGAAACGACUUGCCGGCAGCCUCGGCGCUUGACGCAGGUGGUGCUGCUGGUGGUGGUGUUGUCGGCAACUGCAGCGGUGCCGUGGGCGGCAGCGAGUUCGUGGCGCCCAUAGCCCAGGUCGCCAGUCGCCAGUUAGUCGCCACGGCCGUGAGCAGCGCCGCCUGCUACGUCGGUCUCGACACGACGGACGCUCUACUGCAACGAGCCGCGACCACGCAAACUUCCGGCUCGGCCAAUUCCUCGGUCAGCGGCUCCCCGGCUAAAACGGGUAAGAAAACAGCCACCGUUCAGUUCCAGCCCAUCAUUUCCUGGGACGACAACACGGUCGGGGAGAAAGUGUCUCCGGCUCUGAGAUCUGUCCUCAAGCUCGGAACCCGUCGUCACUCGUCGUUUGCGGGGUUCUCCGACUCCUGCGACAACCUCUCCGCCUCCUCCCCCAUACCCCCGCCCGCGCAUAUCGCAGCGGUUCUCAACAAGCAAGCUAAAAACGGCCUACCCAAAUCAAAAACUUCGGAUAACUAUAAAAGUAUUCUCAAACAGUCGUCAGUGAACCUCGACUCCUCGACGAGUUCGUCGUCUCCGGAGAAAAAAAGAGCGAAAUCGCCAUCACCGAAAUCGCGGAAAAACGAAAAAGGUUUCGACUACAGCCCGGAUCCUAAAAAUUCGGAAAUUUCCUUAUCCCUGUGCUUGAAAGCGACGCGGAGUGUAUCGCCCAAGUCUAAGAAAUACCGCGGGGAUAACCGAGACCUCGGCGACUUCUCAUCCGACCUCCCCACGCAGGCCACGUCCCUGUCAUCGACCGAAAAAGACCACCUCACAGACUCGGGCAACUGCUCUCUCGACCUCCCGACCAAAACCGUCGGGGUGCAAGCCACGCCUCGGACCAUCGGGAAAACGUCGAACACCGGCACUCAGACGACCGACCCCCCGACCACGUGCGACCUUGCGGGUGAGUACUCCUCCAGCCCGACCGAGAACAGCGGCUGGUUGCAGCGGCUCGCGGCCAAGUGCAUGGCGAGCGUCGGGGGCACGGGCCGGGCCGGGAGCCCAGCUGGCGCAGGCGGUAGCGGCGGCCUGCCCAGAGCCGCGAGCGUCAGAGCUGAAUGGCUGUUGGGGAGUAAGAGGAUGGGUUCGAGCCCCAGUUCGCCCGUGGCCCCGGGCAGCGAUGCCAGUGAGAAGUUCUGGGUGCCGCACGACGUCAUCGCCAGAAAACGAGCCCAGAGUCUGGUGCCGACCCUGUCAAAACAAGAGAGUGAAGAUGGUGAGUAA